GUAAUCGCAGACUGCACUGCCUCCCUCCCCACCGCCACAACCACCACCAACCGCCUCCCUCCCUUUCUCUCACUCUCUCUCUCUCUCUCUCUUCCUCCAUGGAUCCAGUCUCGGAGUGGGGCAACACCCCUCUCGUCACCGUCGACCCGGAGAUCCACGACCUCAUCGAGAAGGAGAAGCGCCGGCAAUGCCGGGGGAUCGAGCUCAUCGCCUCCGAGAACUUCACCUCGUUCGCCGUCAUCGAGGCGCUCGGCAGCGCCCUCACCAACAAGUACUCCGAGGGGAUGCCCGGCAACCGCUACUACGGCGGCAACGAGUUCAUCGACGAGAUCGAGAACCUCACGCGCUCACGCGCCCUCCAGGUCUACCGUCUCGACCCUACCAAGUGGGGCGUCAACGUCCAGCCCUACAGCGGCUCCCCUGCCAAUUUCGCCGCCUACACCGCCGUCCUCAACCCCCAUGACCGCAUCAUGGGCCUCGAUCUGCCCUCCGGCGGCCACCUCACCCACGGCUACUACACCUCCGGCGGGAAGAAGAUCAGCGCCACCUCAAUCUAUUUCGAGAGCCUGCCCUACAAGGUCGAUUCCAAAACCGGCUACAUCGAUUACGACAAGCUGGAGGAGAAGGCCAUGGAUUUCAGGCCUAAAUUGAUCAUCUGCGGCGGAAGCGCUUAUCCUAGGGAUUGGGAUUACAAGCGCUUCCGGGAGGUUGCCGACAAAUGCGGUGCCCUUUUGCUCUGCGAUAUGGCGCACAUUAGCGGCCUCGUAGCUGCUCAGGAAGCAGCGGAUCCGUUUGAGUACUGCGACCUGGUGACGACGACAACUCACAAGAGCCUGAGGGGUCCAAGAUCCGGCAUGAUCUUCUACCGCAAGGGCCCGAAGCCUCCGAAGAAGGGGCAGCCGGAGGAUGCAGUGUAUGACUUUGAGGACAAGAUCAAUUUUGCUGUUUUCCCUUCUCUUCAGGGAGGUCCUCACAAUCACCAAAUCGGGGCGCUAGCUGUUGCCCUCAAACAGGCUAUGUCCCCUGGAUUUAAGGCAUAUGCAAAGCAAGUCAGGGCCAAUGCGGUUGCGCUCGGGAAGUUUCUGAUGAGCAAAGGGUACAAGAUUGUCACAGAUGGUACCGAGAACCACUUGGUUCUGUGGGAUCUUCGUCCUCUUGGGUUGACUGGAAAUAAGGUCGAGAAGCUCUGCGAUCUGUGCAACAUUACGGUCAACAAGAAUGCUGUGUUCGGUGACAGUAGUGCUUUGGCCCCUGGUGGGGUUCGCAUAGGCACUCCUGCAAUGACAUCGAGGGGUUUGGGCGAGAAGGACUUUGAGCAGAUCGGCGAAUUCCUCCACCGGGCUGUCUCAAUCACACAGAAGAUCCAGAAGGAGCAUGGGAAAUUGCUCAAGGACUUCAACAAGGGGCUGGUCAACAACAAGGACAUUGAAGAGCUGAAGGCGGAUGUCGAGAAGUUUUCUUCCUCGUUCGACAUGCCGGGCUUCAAGAUGUCUGACAUGAAGUACAAGGAUUGAUUGAUCAAACUAUGAACAUGACGAUGAUGAUGGUGAUGAUGGCAGCAGCUGAUCGAUCAGUAAUGAGCAUCCAUCACAUUUCUUGAUGGUGUUUAUUUUGGCUAUCUUUUAUCUUUAUCUUAUAUAUUCACGUUUCAGUUGUGUUCCAUGAUUAAAUUUUGGCUUGAAAUAUUUUAUCUAAUUAAUCUCCAUUUAUUAUUA